AUGAGAAUUUAUAACCAGAGUUUCUUGGGGGAUCCUCCCAGGGACUUAAUUCUUUUGGGUGCUUCUGGAAGGCCAUGACUGGAACUCCCUCUCUUUGUUGUCCUCCUUGUGACUUAUGUUCUUGCCAUGUUGGGGAAUAUUAUCAUUAUUCUGGUGUCCCGUUUUGAUCCCCAGCUCAACAAUCCCAUGUACAUCUUCCUCAGCCACCUCCCCUUUCUUGACCUCUGCUAUACCACCACCAUGGUCCCUCACAUGUUGUUCAACAUGGGAAGCUCCAGGAAGACCAUCAGCUAUGGUGGCUAUCUGCAGUAUCUGAUUUUCCACUGGUUGAGAUGCACUGAAUGCAUCAUCUUGGCUGCCAUGGCCCUGGAACACUAGGUGGCCAUCUGCAAGCCCCGGCGGUAUAGUCUUAUUAUGUACCACCCUUUCUGUCAGCAGCUUGUAAUCAUGACCUGGCUAAGUGGCUUUGGCAACUGUCUAGUUCAGGUAGUCUUGGCAGUGCAAUUGCCUUUCUGUGGGCAGCAGGUGCUAAACAACUUCUUCUGUGAGGUGCCAGCUUUGAUCAAGCUGUCAUGUGCUGACACAGCUGUGAAUGAUGCCACACUGGCUGUAUUGGUGAACUUCUUCAUGCUGGUCCUUCUAGCUUUCAUCAUUCUUUCCUAUGACUUCAUCACCCAUGCAGUGUUCAGGAUCCAGUCCUCCAAGGGAUAGCACAAGGUUCUUGGAACCUGCUCCUCCCACCUGAUGGUGGUCUCUCUCUUCUACCUUCCUGCCAUCUAUAUGUACCUGCAGCCCCCUUCCAGCUACUCCCAAGAGCAGGGCAAGUUUAUUUCCCUCUUCUAUUCCAGAAUCACUCCAACCCUCAAUCUCUUUAUCUACACCAUUAGGAAGAAAGAUAUAAAGGGAGCUCUGAGAAAACUCCCAGCAAGGAUGUGGAGGCUGUACAAAAGAUGA